AUGUUGGUGGAACUGGACUCGUGGAUGGACGAACUGGCCCUCGUGGUGAUCGCCGCCGGGCUGGUGCUGUGGGUGUGCUACUUCCGGCACUUCAGCUACUGGACAGAGAAGGGCGCCCCCCAGUCGCGACCCUGGACGCCGUUUGGAAACUGUUACAAGUCCAUCGUGCAGAAACAAAUGCUGUCAGAGGACCUCGACGAACUCUACCAUCAGUUCAGAGAUAAGCGCUACGUGGGCUACUACCGUGGACUUGAACCCCGCCUGCUGGUCAUCGACCCAGAUCUCAUUCGUCAAAUACUGGUCAAGGACUUUGACUACUUCACCGACCGAGAACCUGUCCCUGUAGAUGACCCAAUACUGGAGGGUCAGCUGUUCUUCAUGAAGGGCGAUCGAUGGCGCCGUCUGCGCAACAAACUCAGCCCACUGUUUACCAGUGGCAAGCUGAAGAACAUGUUCCAGACGCUGAACGAGUGCGGCAGCGAGAUGGUGGAGGUGCUGGCGGACGCCGCGCGGGAGGGCAAGGUGCUGCAGUUCCGAGAGGUGUUCGCCCUCUACACCACGGAGGUGAUCGCCACGCUCGCCUUCGGCGUCAAGCUCAACUGCCAGAGAAACCCGGACUGCGACUUCAGGAUGUGGGGCCGCAUCCUCUUCCAGCCACGGGCCAGGCCCUUCAAGGAGAUCGCCACCGAAAUCUUUACGCCUCCCCUCAAGCGGUACUACGAUUCCAGAGCUCCUAGGAACAAUACACUGCAGUUUUUCGACAAUAUGGUGAAGGAGACAGUCCACGAUCGCUUAGAAAAUUCCAUCAGAAGGAACGAUUUCAUGGACCUGUUUAUCCAGCUGCACACGAAGGGUUUCGUCGAAGGCGAGAAGCAAGGAGGCACUGACUGGAAACUGUCGGAGAACGAAGUGUCGGCACAGGCCUUCCUGUUCUACAUCGCCGGCUUCGAGACGUCGUCGACCACGAUGAGCUUCGCUGCUUACGAGUUGGCAGUGAACCCGGACAUCCAGCAGCGGGUGCUGAAGGAAAUUGACUCCGUGCUGGCAGAGAGCGGCGAGAUCUCGUACGACUCUCUCGCGGAGAUGAAGUACCUCGACAGAGUGCUGUCAGUGAAGAAGUUGGUAGCAUACUUAAAACUUAAGUGA